AUGGUAAAAAUAUUUUAGAGUAAUAUGCAUCUUAAACAAAUUCAGUUUGGAUAAAUUCUAACCUAUGGCCAUUGUUGGCUGUUUUAAAGAAGCAAGAGCCUAAAGAUUGGUCCUCAUUCCUUCCAAAGAUAUAUUCCUUCCAGUCUGACGCCAAUGCGAUCAAUGAGAUCAAUGGUAGCAGCAGCUUUCUUUCUCGUUUUCUUUCUCAAAUUUGCAGCAGCUGGAGCCGCGCGCUCUCCCUGGGCGCUGGGAGGCAUCAAACAAGUCCCAACGAUCUUCCAGUUUGGAGAUUCCCUCUCCGACGCUGGCAACUCCCUCAUCGCAUUCCCACAUACUUACAAGCGCCUCAACACGUCGCCCUAUGGCGAGACCUUCUUCCAUCAUCCCGCGGGGAGAGAGAGUGACGGGCGCCUCAUUGUCGAUUUCUUGGCUGAAGGCUAUGGAUUGCCGCUGCUGGAUCCAUACUUGCUGCUGUCCAAGGGGAGGAAUUGGCGCCAUGGCGUGAAUUUUGCGGCGGGAGGAGCCUCGGCGCUACCCCUUCGAUUCUAUGACCAACACAACAUAUCGCUCGCGGGAUCACGGCACACAUUCCCGCUCGAUAUCCAGCUCCGGUGGUUCCAGGAUUUCAAGAAUGUGUCAAUGCUGCGCUCCAACCAAGGGGGAAGAACACACCCUUCUCUGCAUGAUUUCUCCCAGGCCCUGUACAUCGUGGGCGAGAUCGGUGGAAACGACUAUGGAUUCAUGAAGAAGAGUGGCCUGGAUUACCCCCAAAUGAUGGAAUUCGUCCCGUUCGUCGUACAGGCCAUCCGGGAUCUCAUCCAGAAUCUCUACAACUUGGGCGCGCGCAAGUUCCUGGUGACCAACAUCCCGCGCCAGGGAUGCAAUCCCAGCUUCCUCGUCUCCCGCCGUCCCAGCGAUCGCUUGGACGAGCUCGGCUGCAUCGCGGAUUUCAACGCGCUCAAUGCCCACCACAAUUCGCUACUUCGAGAGGCAGUGGACGAUCUCCGCGUCAGCCUAGCCGGAGCGUCGAUCGCGCACGCGGAUUUCUACAGCGCGAUUGAACCGAUCUUGCGAAAUCCUCAAUCAUACGGAUUUACGGAGCCUCGUACGGUAUGCUGUGGUACGCCCUGGCUAACGCAGGUCGUUGAUUGCGUGGACGGUGGGAUGAUCAACGGCAUCCUGACGAAGGGCCAGACGUGCGCCGACCCGUCAGUUCACAUAUACUGGAAUGGAGUUCACUUCACGGAACACUUAUAUCAUAUUGUCGCAAACGCCUUUCUCACGGGACAAUAUGUUGAUUUAGUCGCAAACCAAAAGCUUGACCAGUAGAUAGAUAGAUACAAAGCCAAGAGAUUAAAGAAACUUGCGGGAUCUAUACUGCUGGGAAGUUCUUUUGAAAACCAAACAUGUCAUUGGACUCACGGAAGUGAAGAUCUGGAGAAUAUAUGACACACAGGACUAUAGGCAUUAUGCUAAAACUCAUUUUAAAA